GUAUUUUUAAGACGUGUGACCUCAGUUACAGUGCUGAUGUAGCUCUAUCCAUGUAGCUGUCCCUCGGAUCAGUGGAAUGUGCUCAGGUUUCAAUUUAUAGUAGACAUAAGUACAGUUCUCUUUACGAUCGGAUAAAAGAUAUACAUCCGUCAUGACUACCAUGUUUGCAGACACUAUUCUGAUCGUGUUUAUUUCUGUUUGUACAGCGCUGUUAGCCGAAGGGAUCACUUGGGUUUUAGUGUAUCGUACUGAAAAAUAUAAAAGACUAAAGGCUGAAGUAGAAAAACAAAGCAAAAAACUUGAGAAGAAAAAGGAAACAAUCACAGAAUCGGCAGGACGUCAACAGAAGAAGAAGAUUGAAAGACAAGAAGAAAAGCUGAAGAACAACAACAGAGACCUUUCUAUGGUGCGCAUGAAGUCCAUGUUUGCAAUUGGCUUCUGCUUUACGGCUUUGAUGGGCAUGUUCAACUCCAUCUUUGAUGGGCGAGUAGUGGCCAAACUCCCCUUUGUGCCGCUGUCCUACAUCCAGGGACUUUCCCAUCGCAACCUUCUGGGAGAGGAUUACACAGACUGCUCGUUCAUCUUCCUCUACAUUCUCUGCACUAUGUCCAUAAGACAGAACAUUCAGAAGAUGCUUGGCCUCGCACCCUCCAGAGCUGCAACUAAACAGGCCGGAGGCUUCCUAGGGCCUCCUCCUCAGGCAGCUAAAUUCUCCUAACCUUCCAGCUGUUUCACAGAGAGCUGUUCCUGCACUGCAGUUGUAUUCUGUUCUGUUAGAAUAGUCUAUUCAUUUGUUUAUUAUAUUAUUAUUAUACCUAGUAUAUAACACAUGCACUGUUGCUUUGUUUGUUUUUUAAGUAAUAAUUGAGACAGUGAUAUCUGUAGACACUUGUUAAUAUUAUUGUCAGUGUCUCUAUCCUCAUUUCUAACAUUAAUGAAGUUUUAUGAUUACUUUGUACUGUAGUUGUGUUAAUCUUUAAGGAUCUUAUCUUGCAUAUUUCUCAGUCUUAUCUCUACUGUGAAAAUGUGAUAUAUCUAUGACAUGUCCACAAUCCUUUGGGAUUCAUUUGACUUACAGAAGCAUGGAAGAUUUGUGUUAGCAAUUUUACACCUCGUUGAAGUAAUUUUCAAAGCUUGAGUACUAGCCUUGGAGGUCAGGAGUGAGAUAAUCCUUCACUCUCACCACAGGCUUGUACUCUCUCUCAUGUGUUUUUUUGAAAUUUUUGAGUUUAGUGUCCAAAGGGAAACAUGGUUAUCACCUCUCAUACAUCCACUUUGUCCAUCCUAUUUUGAUGAACACUUUUGGAAAAUUGUGCAUUUGACUAGCUGGUGGGAGCAAACAAUGGACACAAUAAAAUUUAGACGGCAGAUGAA